GUGGCUUUUCUUCCUCUUCUUCUUCUCUCUCCUCAGGUUUCCAUUUUUAGAUAUAGCCAUCACCGAAUAAUACCACAACAAAACAUAUAUGUAUGUAUUCAUGUGUCUGUCUAUGUAUAUUAUGGUUUAUGUACAUGGUUUUAAGGAAAACAACUUGAAGAAGACUCGGAUGGAAUUCCCUAAAUACCCUUGUGACGUCUCCCAUUGCAGAGUACCAUUUAAUGGGCUUGGAGACAACAAUGCAUCAUCAUUAAGAGAGCUCUGUAAUAAAAGAAAGAUGAUGCAUCAAGAGAACAAGAAGAAGCAACUGUCUAAGGUUUGUACUAGAGGUCAUUGGAAACCUUCUGAGGAUUUCAAGCUCAAAGAGCUUGUGGGUGUGUUUGGUCCUAAGAAGUGGAACCACAUUGCAAGGAAGAUGCAAGGAAGAACAGGAAAGAGUUGCAGACUGAGGUGGUUUAACCAGCUGGAUCCAAGGAUUAUCAAGAGUGCCUUCAGUGAAGAGGAAGAAGAGAAGCUACUUGCAGUUCAUAGAACAUUUGGUAACAAAUGGUCUUUGAUUGCUAAGCUAUUCCCUGGAAGAACAGACAAUGCAGUGAAGAAUCACUGGCACAUUCUCAUGGCAAGAAAGUUGAGGAAACAAUCAAUUUCUUACUCAAAGUCAAGGAAGAGACAGACUCCUUCUCCAGAUGAAAUCACUCCCCUGCAUCUACUACCAUCCUUCAACCUGUUUCCUGGAAGUGUAGGUGAUGAAAGUACAGAGUUCAAUAACUACAGCUGGAAGAUGCCAAAAGAGGAAAGUGCUAACCUCAGAGAUCAGUUUCUACUAGAAGAGUAUUGUUCUAUGCGCAUGUCAAUGCAGUACUUGGGCCAUCAUCAUCAUCAUCAACAUGGCUUCUCUACCUUCCCUGCAGAUUCAGUGGAACUACUCACACGGUAUCUCUCCAACUCUCAACCAUCAUCAUCACCACCAACCUCAGCACUGUCAACAUCAGGAGCAGAAAAUACAAUGACCACUACACCCCCAAGGUUUAUAGACUUUCUCGGGGUUGGAGCUUCUUGAAGAAACUAAUUAAGAGCUUUCUAAUUGUAACCUUAAUCGAUGUGAUUAUGACUCUAUGAAGCAUUAAACAUAACAAGGUUGCAUUUGUAUAAGCAGUGAAAGACAAUCUAAUUUUCGUGUUUUAA